CUCAGUAAUCUCUAAGUUUAAAUUGUAUAUUAUAAAACUUUAAUUUUUUAAAUUAUUUAAAUAUACGUUGCUUAAGUAGCCAUGUGCCAAGUGCCCGAUAAUUUUGUAACUUCUGAUUUGGUAAAUCAUUUACAUUGCGGCAAGCCCAAAUACCAAGUGCCACCAAAUUUAGGCGAUCAAAAGUCGUGGGGUCGGGCACGUUUCAUGGUCGUCUUUGAGCAUGGCGAUCUUAACACAGCAGCGCAUUGUCUAGCCCAGGAUAUGCACGAGCCCUUCAGUCAGUUUCCCAUUGCCUGCGUGGCUGUGGAAGAGUCGAUACGUGAUGAUUUCAUAGAGCGCUUGAGGCAUCGCUUCUUUCAAGUCAAGCCACAUGUGGCAACGCAUCCGAAAUUCGAGCGUAGCCUAAACGAAUUGAAAUAUGGUGGAAUCGACUAUCUUGUGGCGCCUAUAGAGAAUGCACCUCCCAAUGCAAGCCCCAUACUCGUAACUGAUAAUAUUACGCAGCUUUUCUUUGGCAGCAGUCCCUCCGGUGUGGUCACCUUGCAUACGUUCGAGACCAUUAAGGACAUAUCCGAUGCCAUUACCAAUGAGACGCCGCCAUUCGAUGCCAUUUAUUUAUUCGAUGAGAGCGUCACUUCAGUUUACUCGCUAGGCGCUCGCGUUAGUGUCAAUCAGUUUUUUGUCAACUGCACUGGAGCAUGUCUAAUGCCCAUAUUGCCCUUUUAUGGACUCCACAAGACACACGCUAUGCUGCACAAUGGCAUGCACUACGAGACGAUAGUACUUGGUGGCCAAAUGAAAAUCAUUGUCUUUCCAUAUGCCUCAUCAAUUCUAAGACGUUGCUGCUGCAAGCAUGGCUCCUGUGUCUGUAACCCCAAUGAAAUGCUCUGCUGCGAAUAAAUAACGAGACAAAUAGCUGAGCAACUGUUGGCAUUCCAAAUUAAACACUAACCAAGCAGAGGCAGCUUGACUUUCUCCUCUCUGCUUCCGAGACGAGACUGCUUUAUUGCCAGACAUGACAUGACAUCUUGAGCUCAAGAGCACACAUGUGGCUCAUAACUUUUAGUAACGGCUGCCCUUGCAGUAAGUUUAGUUUUUCUCUAAUCUUUGUAGAUGUAAAAUUGUCAAUGUACUGUGUGUAGAAUAAAACAAUUUGGUAAGACAAAAAUGUACAAAAUGUAAUU